AUGAACGAUGACGAUGGAUCCCUAGAAAGCGUGCCAAGCAACAAAUCAGUGGAAGAGAAUACAAUUGAAUUUCAGAAUACCAAACCACGAUCUUCAUUACAUGAGUCGCUGAAGACCUUUGCCGGAGUAGCCGGCAAUGUCCUCGAAUGGUACGACUUUGCAAUAUUUGGAUUCUUUAGUGACGUUUUAGGAGUGGUCUUCUUUCCCAAGGAUCAGUCGGAAGACCUGAGUGUUAUGGAAUCCUUUGCCGUGUUUGGAGGAGCCUUUCUUAUGCGCCCGCUGGGCGGUGUCAUUAUUGGAUACAUUGGAGACACCAGAGGUAGAAAACACGCAUUGGAAAUCUCCUUGUUUCUCAUGGCGUUUGCAACAACAUUGAUGGGCUGUCUCCCGACUUAUGAUCAAAUUGGAAAUGGUGCUAUAUUAUUCCUACUAUUGGUACGAAUGCUACAGGGUCUAAGUGUGGGCGGUCAACUUAUGAGCUCUUUAGUUUUUACAGUGGAAGGCCGUCCACAAAGUCGAUGGGGUCUCUAUGGAAGUUGUGUCAUGGCUGCUGGUAAUUUUGGUACAUUUUUGGGUGGAGUAGUGGCAGCCGGGUUGAGAUCAAAUUUGACCUUUGAGCAAUUGACGCGGUGGGGGUGGAGAAUUCCCUUCUUGUCUGGAUUUCUGAUAUCCUUGUGUGGUCUCUACCUCAAGUACUUUUGUGCCGAAGAUGAAUUGUUGCCAGGACAUGCGCGCACCGAGCCCAAUGAUGGUGACAACCAAGUCAACACCUUAUCGAAUCCACAAGAUGAUGACCUUGGUGAUCCAAAUGACGGGAUCAUAAUCGUACCUUCCAGUUCCAAUUCCAGCGACACGCAAUCUAUCAAUCCACUCCGCGAAGCUUUUUCGACCAAGAAUCGCCGCAACCUGAUUGCCAGUGCCUUUGUCCCCAUGCUCUGGAGUGGCGGAUUUUAUCUUUCCUUUGUCUGGAUGGCCAUUUUUAUGCGUGACCUCAUGGACCCGCCAGUAGAAUCAGCCUUCCAAAUCAACUCGUGGUCAUUACUCUUGAUAGGUCUUUGGUUUCCGCUUGCCGGCUUCUUGUCGGAUCUAUGGGGUCGGAAAAAGGUCAUGACAGUGGGUGGAAUUGUCUUUGCAGUCUUUGGGCCUGUCAUGAUUCUGAUAAUUGGACAAAGGGGCAGUCAAAGUGCUCUCAUUACCUUUGCGUCGCAGACGGUACUGAGCAUAUCCCUUUCGCUUUGGGGUGCCCCCAUGUGUGCCUGGUUGGUGGAGAGUUUUGAUCCGCAAGCAAGAUUGACCUCAGUAAGCAUUGGGUACAAUCUAUCCCAAGCUAUUGCGGGCGGAAUGUCUCCCUUUGUGGCUACUUUAUUGGUUGACGAAGCGGGUUUGGCAGCUCCCGGUAUAUUGCUCUUUGUGCUUGCGGCGUUUUCCAUGGUUGGCUUGUGGAUUAUUGCACCAUCAUCGUUACAAGGAGGUCACCAUGCAUCGGUACCCAUGACGGAGUCACUGAACGACGAUAAUGAUGGUGGCAUUCUUCAGCAGCCAGGAAAACUAGAAUUGAAAGAGAUUUGCUAA